AUGACGGCAAGUGGCACGCUUGAUCUGUCAAAAGAUCUUUGCCAGGAAAUUACUCGUCAUUUCGGCUUGGACCGAAAUGUGAUCGAAGCUAUUUCACCGUGUACGCCAUUCCAGCGCGACGUGGUCAAUUGUGCUUCCAACGAAGGCCGACACGCCAUAGGCAAUGCCGUGUACGAGGUCUCCGAAGACGUCGAUGCCGAUAGACUGGCUGCCGCGUGGAAAGAUAGCGUGCAAUGUACUCCGGCUCUGCGAGCCUGUAUAUUUACUUCGAAAGCCGGUGACUCUUUUCAGCUCGUUCUGAGAGAAAGCUUUGUUUUCGCACGAAUGUCCUGGACAUCUGCAAGCCUCAAGUCCACAAUAAUGAGAGACGAAGCCUCCGCUGCUGUUGCUGGCCCGCGCUGCAACCGAUUCGUUCUUCUUGGAGAGCCGAAUACCAAGCGAGUUCUCAUCUGGACAUUCAGCCAUGCUUUCGUGGACACUGCGUUCCGGGGCCGUAUCCUCAAGCAGGUCCUCGCAGCGUACAAGGACGAACAUGGUCGGGUAGUCUCUCUUCCCCCAACACCUGAGCUGGUUGACUCCGAGGAUGAGGGAUAUCCCGGCACGCCAGUGUCGGACGCAGCCGUGGGCAUGUUGCGAGCUACGCUGUUUUGGCGAGAAAAGCUGGGCGGUCUGGAUGCUUCCGUGUUCCCUCAUUUGUCGUCCCACUUGACUGCUCCUGCCAUCGACAAGGAGGCGAAACACCACAUUCCAUACCCACCCUCUGUCCAACACAAAUAG